AUGCUAAUUUUAUAUUUUUACUUUAUAAUUUUGUUCAUAAUAAAGAGUAAUAUAUUAUCAGAAUUAAAUACAUAUAAUAUAACAUUAAGACAUUUAAAUGAGAAUAAUUUGGAAGGUGAAAAAAAUGGAGAAGAAUUUUUUAGUCGAAUAGUAAAUAAAAUUCAUAAAGAUAAAAAAUCUAAAACUGAUAUUACAAAUAAUACAAAAGAAACAGUUGAUAAGAAUAAAUUAUACAAGAAAAUAGAUGUUUGCAAAGAUAUUUCAAGUGAUGAAAAGGAUGAUGAAAUAACUAAUAUUAGAAAAUCCAAAAAAAAUAUUACAGAAAUAAAUAAUCGUUCAUUUUUACCUUAUUGUAUUUCAAAUAACUUUGAAAAUGGAAUUCCUUAUAAAAAUAAAUUGGAAGAAGAAUAUAUGUCAGUUGACAAUGUUUUUAAUUGGGAAUUAGGUAAAGAGUCCUUAAAAAAAAGAUUAGGUUGUACAGAUAAUUUCCAAAUAAAUGGUGUUUAUUAUAAGAAUUGGAUAUUGAAAAAUCUAUCUUUUAGAAAUAGUAAUAAUUCAUAUUAUUCACCAAAAAAUGUAUAUAAAGGAAUUAUCCCUAUAAAUAAUAAUUACAAUGUGAAUGAAAUUAAUGUAUUUAUUAAAAAAAUUCCUAUAAAUAAAUGGAUUGAUCAGUAUGAAAAAAUGGAAUUAUAUAAUGGUGAAUAUAUAACGAAAGAAGAAAAUUAUGUAAUGGAAGCAGUGGUAUCAGCUUUUUUAACUGAAUAUCACCCUGGUAUAUCACCAAAGUUUUAUAAAUUAUUAUAUGAACGGGUUGAUAAUAAUGAUAAUGAAAAUAAAAAAGAAAAUAGUUCAUAUGAAAAUGAUAUUCAAGAUUUAAAUUUAUUCAAUGAUAUAUUAAAGGAACAAAAUGAAAAUAAAGAUAUGGGUUAUAUUGUUAUGAUAACUGAAUUUUUUGGUGAAGAUUUAUAUGGUUAUAUGAAUAAAAUGUGUAUUAAAGGUUAUUCAACAUUAGGUAGAAAAGAGAGAAAAAAAAUUAUGCUUUCAUGUCUAAAAUUAAUUAAUAGAUUACACAAAACUGGAUUAUGUCAUCUCGAUAUUUCACUUGAAAAUAUGUUAAUUGCAGACAAUUAUGAAAUGCGUAUAUGUGAUUUUGCUAGAUGUACACCUAGAUAUACCUAUAAUCUGAGACAUAUAAGAAAUCCUAAUGGUUUAUGUCUUUUUGAAUCUUGUAUACCCACCAUUGGAAAAAUUGAAUAUAUUCCACCUGAAUGUUGCGAACUAGAAAAGAUAUACAAAGAAAAUAAUAUAACGGAACCCUUUUCAUAUUUAAAAACUAUUAUAGACCAAGAAGAAAGAAAAAAAUAUUAUUUCGAUGUUACAUCUGCUGAUAAAUAUAUGUUAGGAAUAUUGUUUAUACUUAUAUGGGUUUAUCACUUCUUUUGGAAUAAAGCUGAUCCUUUAUUGGAUAAAGAAUUUGCAGAAUUUGCAAGGGUAAAUAUGGAUUUUCAUAAAAAUGAGAAAACAUAUCAUUGGCCAGAUGACUUAAAAUUUAUGAUUCAGCAAUUGUUAUAUUCUGAAUAUAGAAAGAAUCUUGAUUUAAAUGAUUUAAUUAAUCAUCCAUGGUUUACUAGAAAAAAAUGCUGGUUUCUCAAGUUAUUCUCUUUUGGUUUAAAAUAUUAUAAAUAA